UAAAUAAUAAUACCUAUUAUUAUAAUGAUAGCUUUCCCGUGGUAGUAAACUGUGCUGCAACAAUAUGGAAGUUAAUACUAAUGAAAAUAUAAAGAAGGAAAAUGAUCCGGAUGAUAACAUUGCCAUUGAAAUUCCUUUUGAUUUAUUAGAUUAUCUUAGUUCAAAUGAAUGCAACUUACAAAAUGUAUGCCGCAUAUGCCUCACUGUAAACAAUGUUAUGGUUCCUCUAGUAGAUAAUAAAGUAUCCUCUGUAUUGUGUAUGUUAUCUUCAUUCACAUCAAUUGAAGCAUACGCAGAAGAUGGCCUACCAUUAAAAAUUUGUGACAUGUGUAGAUCACAAGUUGAAUAUUGUUAUGACUUUAAAGUUAAAUGUGAAAAAUCAUAUUGUACUCUAAAAUCAUUAUUAAAAGAAUUUUCUACCAAAGAACUCAUUAACAAAGUUGUAGAAAAUGUAAUUAAAGAACAGAAUUUAGCAGAGUCAUCAAUCAAGGCUGAAUCUGAAAUAAGAGAUAUUGAAUAUCUGGAGGACUUUGAUGAUAUUACAAGUGAUAAUGAAGGUCUCUUUAUUGUACAACAUGCAAAAGAAAGUAAAAAGAAGAUUCAUGAAAAUCCAAUUGAAGAUUGCAAUACAUACUCAGGAAACGUGAUUUCAAAGAUUAAAACACUUAAUAAAGCGCAGAAAUCAUAUAGUUGUUUAUUCUGUUCAAAGACAUUCCUUAGAAUGAAACUAUUAAGAAAUCACAUGAAAAAACAUGAGAUAUCUGAAAAAUCACAUUCAUGUACACAAUGCAAAAAUUCAUUCAGUUCUGAACAUGAUCUAAGAUUACAUUCUGCACUACAUGAAAUGGGUCCUACAUGGAGAUGCAACAAGUGUCAGAAAGAAUUUAAAGCAAAAUCAAUGUUGAAUCGUCACAUCCAACGGCACAUGGAACUAAAGCGAUAUGCAUGUGAGGCUUGCGGCAAACCAUUUACAGAACUAUAUGCUCUACGACGACAUUCGCGUGUUCACACCGGUGAAACGAUCGAGAAGAAACAUGCUUGCCAUAUCUGCAACAAGAGAUAUAGUGAGAGUAAACUGCUGGAAGCACACAUAGCGCGCCACAAUGGCGUGCGGCCAUAUGCCUGUUCUUGCGGCAAGACGUUCCCGUCGCCGCGCCUGCUCGCCUCCCACCGGCUAGUGCACUCCGACCGCAAACCUUACGCGUGCAAUUACUGCGACAAAAGAUUCCGUCACGAGUCGACACGGAAUACCCACCACCGCACACAUACCGGCGAGAAGCCUUAUAUCUGCUCCACUUGCGGGAAGAGGUUCAUACAGAACUCCAACCUGACGUUGCACAUGAGAACGCACACAGGCGAGAGACCAUAUUCGUGUGAUAAGUGCGAUCGCAAAUUCACCUCGGGACCGUCACUCAAAUGCCACCAGCGAACUCAUACAGGGGAAAAACCAUACAGUUGUAAUAUUUGCGGGAAAAGAUUUGCUCGGAUGGACCUAAGUGCUCAUAUGAGGUAUCACACAGGAGAGAGACCCUUCGCUUGCAGCGUGUGCCCCAAAAAAUUUAUCAACGCUACUCGACUGCGGGAUCAUUGUCGUAUGCAUACAGGUGAAAAACCAUUUGAAUGCGCGAUGUGUACGCAAAAAUUCGCUACAAAAGCACAUUUAGUGAAACAUAUAAAAAUACAUGAGACAAAAAAGAAAGUUGAUAAGAGGAAAAUGGUGUUAGUAAAGAGUAUAGAAUAUGGCAGACCAAUAAUUGUCACAGAUAAAUUUAUUAUUAGUACAGAAGCCGACGAAAUUGGAGUAAUAACUGCAGAACAGAAUAUUACACAAAAUGAGAUGGAGCAAACUAAUGAGGUAAAAAACCAAUUUGAAGUCACUGUUCAAGAUGAUACAGAUGUUAAUACCAAAGUGUUAGUUGUUAAUAACACCAAAGAUAAUUUAGAGCAUCAGAAUAAGGAUACAGGUGAUGGGGUCGCAUACAUGAACAGUGAUGUUAGUUUUGCUGGCAAUGUCAAAUUGGUAACGACAAAUCAAGAAGAGAUGAAUAUAGCUAGCAUAGCAGCUCCAAUUUUAGAAGGCACAGCUCUGAAGUUGUACCAAGUAGAUCAAAGUUUAGUACAAAUUCAUAGUUCUGCAGGUCAAGUCACUAUUAGUAAAAUAACUAGUAAGAUGACUGCAAACUUUUAGAAAUGACUAUUAAAUUAUUAUAUUACUUCAA